UUUUACAGCCUCUAAAGGGAUGUUUCACCAGUGCGUGUCAAAAGAACUGGCGCAAUGAGCGACAUCUUGUAGGUGUUAAAUAAAUGUUGUUUUUUUUGUCUUCAAAAAGACGUUGAAAAAUAAAAGGUAAUAAGCACCAAGUUAAUUUAGCUAUGAACAUAAAUAUCUUACUCGUUGGAAGAACUGGAAACGGAAAAAGUGCAACCGGAAACUCCAUUUUAGGUUCUGCUCCUUUUGUUUCAAAGCGUAGUUCCACUUCAGUCACUGUAAAAAUCCAAAAAAAUAAGAAAGAAAUCGUUAAUGGAAAUAGCUUAACUGUUGUGGAUACAGUGGGCUUUGCUGAUACUAAAUGUCAAGGGCACGUAGAUAACUAUCAACUUAUGAAGAGUGAAAUUGAUAAAGCUUUAAACCUCUGUCCUUCUGGAUUUCAUGCCAUCAUAUUUGUCAUGAAUGCCACUGAAAGAAUAACGGAUGAAGAGAAAGACGCCUUUAAAUGUAUUACCACUGUUUUGGGAAAAGAAAACUUUCAAAAGUUUGGUGUUUUAUUGUUUACUCAUGGAAUCAUGUACUUGAAAGAUCACAAAGACAAACCAUUCUUAAACUGGUGUAAAGAACAAGAAGAACUUGGUGAACAUCUGAUUCAGACUAAAAAUCGAGCAAUACUUUUUGAGAAUAAAAGUAGAAACAACAAAGAAGCCUUUACAUUUCUAGACCAAGAAAAAAAAUUGUUUGAAAUUAUUGAGCACUUAUUUGAUCCUAAAUUUUCAAAAGCUUACACUCGAGUAAAUUUUGAUGAAGCAGCAGUUCAUAGAAUUCACAAAGAAGUGGAAGUUUUGAAACCUGACAUAGAAAAAAAAGCUGAAACAUUCUGCAAGAAUACUGACUCCAAAUUGAAAGAAAUAAAAAAAAUGGGUGUUGAAAAUGGGUUGAGAAAUAGCAAAGACUUAAUUUCUAAACUCGAUAACCUUGUGCAAGAUCAAAACACCGGUGUUCUAGAACAGCCAAAAAGACAGUUAGAUGUUUGUAAACGUAAUAUCGACUGCUCUAUAGAAAGUGCUCAAAAAGAGAUUAGUGACACAGAAAUCGAGCGCCAAAAAACUGACUUAGAAAAAAAUAUACAAAUCAGAGACAAACUGGAGCGGCGGCGUCAGGAACAAAAAAUGAAUUAUAUGAUUGUAAAUGCGGGGUUUCGUCUUGGUUUUGAAGUACUUCGCUUUGCCUGGAACUAACUAUAUGGCAAAUAAACAAUAAAAAAAAAAAAAAAAUUUCCGUGUCAUAUAACGGGUACCCUUUGCUUCAGUUCAGCUUUAUUUGUUUACUAAACUAUUAUUAGUUGCUUUAAAGAACAUAUUAUCAAAACCCAUUUGUCGAGAAAUAUACACGUACUAUUUAAAUAAGAAAAAAAACAACAAGUUUAAUAGCAUAAACAGUUAUUAUAGACAAAGUUUAAAAAAACUGCUCUUUAGAAAAUCUCGCUAGUUUUUAAAGAACCAACACAACAAAUGUCCAGAGAUUACGUCAGACCUGCAGGAGUUUCUUUGUAGUCUUGAGCUGUCACAAUCAUUUUCGGUCACUGAUGAAAGUGAUUCUAAGAAAAAACUUUUUAGUUUUAUAGUAUUUAUGUACUUAUAAAUUGUUGUAGAGGAAAAGUUCAUUACGAAACCCAUUUUAAACUUUUAUUUAUAAAUGAUUAAUAUACAUGCAGUUUUUGAUAUAAUAUUUACUCUAACUUUUAAUUAUUUUUAAUUUGUCUUUAUCUUUCCAUUUUGUUGAAGCGAUUGUAGUCUUUUCAUUGCCUCCACUGCUUUAAUAUUCGAUGGUGUCUUGGCACUAAGCUUUAUGUAAUCCAAAUCACGUGUUGAAAGUCAUUUGUUUGUUCACUUGAAAACAGUGGUGGUUCCAAAGCUAUAGCAGCACAGUAUAUUGUACCGGCUGGUAUUUUGUGUUAAAAAAAAAAGGUUGAGUGUUUUAAAUAUAUUUUAUGUGAAAAAUUCACAGCCAACACUUUUAUUUUUACAUUCAUUUUUUUUUAUUAAAGUGUAUUAUGUAUACAUUGUGUUAUCAAUGUAGGGAUUGAUACUUAUUAAUAUCGUUGUAACUCCAGUGACAGGCUGAUAGAGUUUAUGCGUGUGCAACCUACUGAUACUCGUAACUAAAGCGAAUCUACGGGUCAACAGCUGUCGAUAGACAAGGGACAAUACUGCUAAUAACCGCAAAUAUGACCCGUGUUAUGGUCAUGUGAUGGAAAGCCUUCACGGACGAGGGACAGUGUGUAAAGAAAGGACAUUUGAGUCCAGGACAGCAAGGCAGUAAGGACUGUGCAGUAGAAUGUGAGUCCUCGAGAAUGUAGCUGUACGAGUCCAAGAGUAGAAAGAGAGACUUGUAGGGUUUAGUUGGCAGUUCUGUUGUGUAGAAAAGUAUUUGUACGGAGUGUAGCCAAUUGGGUUGUAUUGGCUGUUCAUGCAGUGUAGUAUACCACUACACUGCUAUUUGAAACUCUUGUUGUCAAGUUUUCGUAUUAGAUGUGCUGUGUUACGCAAUGUUUUAGAUGGCCUGGUAGAGAAGAUUGUAACAAUAUAAUCAUUUUUCAACUUUAAUGUUUGUCUUUGACUUUUAUGACGUUUGCAAAUCUAUGUAUUUUUUUUUAAAGUUUUUUUUAUAAUGAAUGAUGACUAUAUAUACAGUCUUUGAUAAGCAUAGCAUUGUAUAUAAUCUUUACUUUUAUAGUUAUUUGUUUAUUUGAUUCGAACUAUCAUUAAAAUUUUAUCGCUUAAUUUUCUAAAUAAGACUUAUCUCUCUUAGUUUACUACGGGUUUUUUUUUGUUUUGCUUCUGUAAAUUCUAUAUUAAAACAAAAUUAAUUAAUUAAUUACGACUAAUUGAUUAAACCAUUGGUUGAUUUUUUU